UCUCUAUCCUAAUCUUUAAGUAUUAACAAAAACAGUUGAUAUUUUCCCCCAUUUUCACAAACACAUAGACCCUCUUGAAUCUUGAUUUUCUAGGGUUACCGUUAGAGACCCACUCACUCAACUCAACUCAACUCAGCUCAGCUCAGCUCAGCUAAGCUCAGUUCAGCUCACUCGCCACCGUACAGACGAGCUCUUCGCCUCCGUCAAAUGCUAUUCCGAUGAACCCUCCUCCGCCGCCACCGUCGUCGUCAUGCAACACCUGCGGCGCCUUUACGGGUGGCUGCACCUUCCUCCACAGCCUCAGCUACCAAGCCAGCAGCCGCCGUUACUGCACCGAUUGCCUCCUCAAGAAAAACCACGGUCUCUUCUGCCCUAUCUGCUUCCAAGUCUACGACGGAACUCUUUCGCCUCACCUCCGCCUCCUCUGCCUCCACUGCCCAGCCAUCGCCCACCGCUCCUGCGUCACCUCCAACAGUGGACUACCAUCGGCGUCCUAUUUCAAGUGUCCGGCUUGCUCCGACCCUAACUUCUCGUAUUUCAGGCCGAGACGCGAGGGCGAAGAGCUUGAUCCGAAGUCUGCCAUGGUUCUCGUUGCCGCGGCUCAAAUCUCCGCGGAGUCGUUGAGCAAGGCGGCCGCGGCGUCGCGGCUUUACGCGGAACGGCGAGCCUUGGAGGCUGCGGCUGCGAAGAAUAAAGCUAGGGAGGCGCUGGAAAGCGUUGAGAGCAUUGUGGCGUUGGAGAACGAAGAACAGCAGCAGCAGCAGCAGAAGAAGCAGAAGCAGAAGCAGAAGCAGAAGAAGAAAAAGAAGAAAAAGAAGAAGAAGAAGAAGAAGAGAAAUGUCGCUUAACCGAAACGGCUCCCCGCAAAUUAAAAGCGUACUCUUUGACUUCGCUUUUGCUAUGAAAUCAUUUUGCAAAUAAGAUAGAAGAAAAGAAAAGAAAAGAAAAAUGAUUAGAAUUGUUUCUUGUGAUCUUGAUCAUAUUGCUGAUCCGGCCUAGAUACUGUAUUGAUAACAGGUUUUGAUUAGGGGCUAGUUGAUCAGCUUUAUGAUUUAUUCUUUGCAUCAUUCAGAUAUUGAAGCUUCGUACAGUUUACUCUGUCUCUUCCUUAUUCAAAUUCAGUCUU